CCUGCCUUCUCCCAGCCGGCCGUCCGCUCUCACGAUUGAAAAAAAAAAGGAUGGCAGAGGCCCCCAUGUCAUGUGACUGUUUUGUUUCCUUGCCCCCCGGCUCUCGUGACGACCAUGUGAUUUUUGGGAAGAACUCGGACCGUCCCCGGGAUGAGGUGCAGGAGGUGGCCUCCUACCCUGCAGCAUCCCACCCUCCAGGCUCCAUGCUGGAGUGCACGUACAUCCAGAUCCCACAGGUGGAGCAGACCCAUGCUGUCAUCCUCAGCAAACCCGCCUGGAUGUGGGGGGCUGAAAUGGGAGCCAACGAUCAGGGGGUCUGUAUUGGGAAUGAGGCAGUCUGGACUCGAGAGCCCGUCUGCCCCGGAGAGGCUCUGCUGGGCAUGGACCUUGUCCGGCUGGGGCUAGAGCGUGGAGACAGUGCCUGGGCAGCGCUGGCAGUGAUCACUGGCCUCCUGGAGCAGCAUGGCCAGGGAGGGCCGUGCAGGGAAGAUCCGGAGCCCUUCAGCUACCACAACACCUUCCUGUUGGUGGACCGCAAAGAGGCCUGGGUCCUGGAAACCGCCGGGAGGCUGUGGGUGGCGCAGAAAGUCACAGAGGGUGUGAAGAACAUAUCCAACCAGCUGACCAUCGGCGCCGACAUCAUGGCAGAGCACCCGGAGCUGCGGAGCGUGGCUCAGGCUCAGGGCUGGUGGGACGGUGAAGGGGAGUUCAACUUCUCUCAGGUGUUCAGCCCAGAGAACCCGCCCGCCAGGAUGGAGAUGGCCAAAAAGCGUUACAAGGGAGGCACAGAGCUCCUCCAGCAGCAUGAUGGCUCAGUGACAGCAGAGGUGAUGAUGUCCAUUCUGAGGGACAAGCCAAGCGGCAUCUGCAUGGAUUCUGGUGGUUUCUGCACCACGGGAAGCAUGGUGUCUGUCCUGCCCAAAGACACCAGCCUGCCCUGCAUCCACUUCUUCACUGCCACUCCAGACCCCUCCAGGUCUAUAUUCAAGCCUUUUAUCUUCUCGGAGGGUUCCACCCGAGUGCUGAGGGUGGUCUCCCCACAGUUCGGCCCAGACGACCCCGUCAGGAAGCAGCCUCGCUUUCAGACCCAGGUGGACCGCAGACACGACCUGUACAAGGCCCACCAGACGGCGCUCAACACCAUGGAGACCAACCCGGACGAGGGUUUAGCUGUCUAUGAGAUUCUGAGGGACCUGGAGUCACAGUGUCUGAGCGAGAUUUCAGCCAUGCUGAGUGGAGAGAUAUCCGGAGACGAGCUGGGGGACUUGUUUUUUGAUUGCGUGGACACAGAGAUUAAGUUCUACGAGUGAGGAGUGCCCUCAGGUGGACAUCCCUAGCGCUCGCAGGAGUGGCAGGAGAGGACCCUGGGACUGUUUGAUCUCCUCCUCUGAGUGGCCUGCGCUUCACUCACGCAACACACAUCUCUCACACCAUUCCAUCGUUAACACAGACUAAAUGUCUAUAAUGCACAUGUGAUUGGAGCUUAUUUAUCAUCUGUAUCACCCAGGGAGCAAUGACUGCACCUCAUUAGUGAGUAUAAUGAUGUAGACUUACACAGGCGCCUACAUAGAGCUGUGUGUGAUGUUGCACAAAUUCUGUAAGUAUGGCAUUUGUUUAACAUUUCAGUUGUUCUUGCAAAUGAAUGGGUUGUCAUUUGAUGGCUACCAGUAGGGAAGGAUCUAAUAAAGAAUGUGUAUAGUGUG